AUGCCUGUCGAUCCAGCCCACGUUAAUCCUCUCCACUGCGGUCGAGUCAGUGAGGCAUGUCCUGUAGAGGCCUCCAUCUACGGCUACUACCCGAUCUUGGGGUGGAAUGCAUUCUUUGCUGCCCUAUUUGCGGUCUGCUUCGUGGCUAAUCUUGCGCUGGGCUUACGCUACCGUACCUGCACCUAUAUGCUCGCAAUGUCUCUUGCCUGUCUUGCAGGCUGUAUCGGCUACAUUGGGCGAUGCCUGAUGCACAACAAUCCAUACAACAUCACCGGCUUCCAGAUUCAAAUCUGCUGUCUCACGCUCUCGCCUGCCCUGAACUCGGCCGCUAUUUACCUGAUCUUGAAGCAUUUGGUGUUGCAAUUUGGCCGAGAAUGGUCGAGAAUCCGGCCGAAAUACUACACAUGGGCCUUUAUCACGGCAGACUUCUGCGCCCUAGUCCUCCAAGCCGCCGGUGGAGCAAUUGCAGCAACGGCCGGGGACGAUGACAGCUUCCGAGAUGUCGGUGACCAUCUCAUGAUUGCGGGUAUAUCAUGGCAGGUCCUGACGCUUUUGAUAUUCGCCGUUGCGACCCUGGACUACCUGGUGCGAAGAUACAGAGCAGCUCAGCCGCUAUCGCCGGUUGCGCAGUCCUUACUACACAAUUCACGGUUCCGCACGUUCAUCAUUGCUCUCAUCGUUGUAUACUUGGCCAUAUUUGCUCGAUGUGUCUACCGCAUUGCCGAGAUGGCCGGUGGUUGGCGGAACCCUAUCAUGCAGGAUCAACCUCUCUUCAUUGGCACUGAUAGCUGUAUGGUCGGCCUCGCGACAAUCCUACAAACCUUCGUCCACCCAGGACAUUUCUUCCCAGCCUUGGCCAUGUACAGAAAGACCACGCCCACGCCAGUGAGUUUCGACACCGAGAGUUCUCUGGAGAAGACCAUGGGGUAG